CACCGAAAUCUGAGCAACUUGUUUCACAAAAAGGUUGACUGCAUGCCGAUGUGAAAGUAGGCACGAGCAGUUAUCCUCGAUCAAAAAGGACAAAAAUUCAUCUUGAUAUGGUGCGUCAAAGGACUGCUGAGUAUGCUGCUGCCUGCUGAGUAACCACCCAAGGGUAGCAUUCACCUCGACUACCUGUGUAUAUGAAAAGACUAAGGGACAUGGAUGGUAGCUACAAGAUGUCGAUGCAAUGCAUAAUAUCGUGUCGUGGACGUUCGUAACACCAUUUUUCUUCACCGACCAUCACUGGGGCACGAGAAUUUUGUCGGAAAGCCUUGAUAAAUCCAGGCUGAACACCGACAUCAAUGCUCAGCCGCCGUUGGAUGAAGCCAGGGGUCACUUUAUCUAUUGCAAAUACUGGAGCUAGGGCACAGAAUCAAACUGAAGAUGAGAAGCAACAGGACAUUGAUUCUCUGCCCAGGCCAACGAUUACAAUGCCCGCUUCCGGCAACAAGAGCUUACAGCCAUCCCCAGAGGUCACCAUGACGAAUGCAGACUUAGAAGUGAUGACAGCGGCGAGGGCAUGAAGCAAAGAAUAGAUGGCACUUCUCUUCUUCGUCGACGGUCAUGAGCUUGCCCCGUGCGCGGUUAUAGGCGCUUCGACGAUAUGCCGACUUCGAGUGACGGUUACUGGACCAGUUCUCAUGCGUUUUCACGCAGGCACGCUUGAAACUUCGAGCAGAUUCGGCCUGCAUUGUAGAUUUUCUGACAUUGUAGAAGCGUUGUGACUGCUAUGAAGCUGUUUUUGGGGUUCUAUGUGGAUGUUUAGAAGUAAUUCUGCCCAAGAGUAGAGUAUAUUUGCGGGAUUUCACAGGAUUUUGAGGAGCUGCAAAGGAUUCUGGAGCUAUGUCUUACGAAGUGCAGAAGCAGAUCAGGGAUAACAGCACGGAGCUCCAAGACUUUUUACAUGAUCUUACACAGUGGGAGCAUGUUGUUAAGGAGAAGGAGAAAAAACUUGUUGACAGUGGAAGCAAGAUAAUUCCCUCUGUGCGGGGUCAAAAGCAGAGCUCUUUAGACGAGGGUAGCGUAAACUAUGAUGCAGACAAGAAAAUUCCUAGAAAAGCAGCAAGUCAUACGUACGACUAUUUUAGAGAUAAAUGGGACAAAUUUGACGUGGACGCGGCAUUGGCUGAGGUGGAUGAGGAGCCUCAACCCAAAAAAUCAUCUCUUAAAAAGGUGGCAGGACUCAACAAAACUAAGCCAUCCAAUGCCAAGGCCAAAGUAGAAGAGAAGCCUCCAAAGUCCAAUCUGAGUGUAUCAGAAAGUAGCAUCUACACCCCAAGUCGAGGUUCAAGCCGAGCGUCUCUUGGAACUUUGGAGACGUUAUCGAGUUCUUACGGGCUUGAGGACCAACCUGUCCCGGAUGCAAUGUCAGAGAAAGACCUGGGUAACGAAUAUUUCAAGGAAAGAAAAUACGUGAAAGCUAUAGAAUGUUAUUCUCGAAGCAUUGCGUUGGAACCAACCGCAGUUACAUUCGCCAAUCGAGCUAUGGCUUUUCUCAAAAUAAGAAGAUACGCAGACGCAGAAGCGGACUGCACGGAAGCUAUUUCCUUGGAUGAUCGCUACACCAAAGCCUACUCUCGCAGGGGCACAGCUCGCAAAGAGCUUCAAAAAUAUUUCCCAGCUGUGGAAGAUUUCGAAUUUGCUUUGCGGCUGGAGCCUGAAAAUAAGGAGCUUAAGAAGCAGUACAACGAAGCAAAAGGGUUAUAUGAGAAGUUUGCAUCUAAGGGAAAACCUACACAAAACAAAGUCCCUAUAUUAGUUGAAGAAUUGUCAGGUACUUCUCCUGGUAUGUCUGAAAGCACAGAGCUGCCAUCAUCAAAGAUCUCACCUCGAGCAACCACUAAGUAUUUAGAACGUAACGAUCCAUACUCUGCAAAGCUCCAUCCGAGCGGCACAGAAAGCGGAGCCAGUGCAGCAAGAAGAUUGGAUGAAAGAAAACCUGCAUCUCCUGCUACUUCAAACAUAAUUCCUGUAGCUACUUCAAGCCUUAACAGCUUUGCAUCUUCAUCUCUGAUCUCAGGAAAUGUUCCUGUCGAUCGCAAGGAUCCUGGGAACAAUGGUGUAGCAAAUUCUUUAUCAUCUGCAUCUAGUCGUGCGGCUUCUACAAUCAAAUCUCCUGCGACUCCGACUGAAUCUGUUGGUUCACAGGGGGCUUCAAGUGUGAAUCCGAGAAGCUCUGAUGAUUGGGCUGUGGCUACUUCUAAGAAGAUGGAUGCUUCUCGUCCGGUUGAUGACCCUGUACCAUUUCCAUUAUCAGCGCAACUGGCAAAGGACAAGGUAGACAGAAAGUUGACUGCCGAAGUUAAAGCACCGUCACAAGCCACUGUGGAACGAGCAGCUAUGAAUGCUAGAGCGGGACUGGCCAGGAACAUGGUUGCACCUAAGACUUCCUAUGAAUUUGAGUCAACAUGGAAAUGUUUUGCUAAUGAUCGUCAGUCUCAAUCCCGCCUUCUGAAGAUUAUGGAGCCGUCUUCAUUGCCAAAAAUCUUUAAAGACUUACUAGGAGCACCGUUGCUGAUGGACAUCAUGGGUUGCUUGCCCUUACUGCUACCUGAGCACACUGGGCUGCUGCUGCGUAUAUUGGAAAAUCUGGUUAAAGUCGGUCGGUUCGACAUGACAAUCCUCUUUCUCACAUCUAAGGACAAAACUGUUAUGCGGAAGUUGUGGGAAGAUAUAUUGGCGACUGAAGAACUUUCUAUGAAUGAGGAGACUAAGCUUAAUGCACUGCGUUCAAAAUACAAAUUAUAGCUGACUCCUCUAAGUUGAAGUAGGUUGUGUGACUGAUGUAACACUUUGUCCCAUUUUCCCAUGGUUUGUUGAUGCAAAUACGAUGCUAAAGGCGGCAUCACAGUCAAUGAACAUACACUUGUUUUUGAAAAACCAUUUACUGCUUUUCCUAUGCGAUUUUGAGCUCGAACCCACCCGCCACUCAUCUAAGAUGUUGAUCCUUCUCCCAAUGCCGAAUAUGCGUCUAGUUCAACCACGUAGUGCAAUUCAGAGUUACCGUACAUCCUCCAUAUACACUCCGAUGUCUACAUCUACUUCUACAGUUAUAAUAUGUUAUGGUUGUCUUCUUUA